GAUAGAUUAGGCCUAUAGACGCACUUCAUCCAGGUUUUCUUCACCUCUACCUCCGGUGUGCGGCUGAAUAAAUAUUAGACAAACUGUCUUCUCUCCGUAAAGUCUAUGCCUUCUUUAUAGUUGGUCAAAGGUAAACACAAUGAGCAAGCUGGCACCGCAGGCAAAUGAGGUCAUGGAUCUCGGAGAAUGGGAGCGGCACUGGGACGCGAACGAGAUUGGCUUCCAUCUGUCUAAUGUAAACAAGAUGCUGGAGGCGCAUAUUGAUAAAGUAAUAGCUGGGCGGAAAGGAGUUUGUUUCUUCUUUCCUCUCUGUGGGAAAGCAGUGGAUAUGAAGUGGCUGGCAGACAUGGGCCAUUCAGUGGUGGGGGUGGAGAUAUCUGAAAAGGCAAUUAAACAGUUCUUUGAGGAGAAUAAUAUGACCUACAGUGAGGAAGCAGUCCCUGGAAUACCUGGAGCAAAGGUUUACAAGGGUUCAGAGAGAAAUAUUGCCCUAUACCAAUGUGACAUGUUUGACUUCACCAGUGCCAUUGGGGGUCAGUUUGGGGCGAUAUGGGACAGAGGCUCUCUGGUGGCCAUCAACCCAAAAGACAGAGAAAAGUAUGCUGCUCUAAUAAUUUCCCUCAUGGCCAAAGACUGCAGAUACCUUGUGGACACUCUGCUGUACAAUCCUGAAUUAUAUACUGGUCCUCCAUUCUUUGUGCCCGAUGAGCAGCUACACAGCCUGUAUGGGAACUGCUGUGAUAUCAAAUUCCUGCAGUCGGUGGAUGCCCUUACAGAUGAGUUCAGAAGCUUUGGGCUGGAUUCCUUGACUGAAAAGAUAUUCCUCAUCACUCCAAAGAGCAGUUAGAAACUAACUCACAAGGUUAGAGGACCUGGGAAAGAAGUUUAAGGUUUUUGCAAACAGAGAUCCAAAGCAGUGCUUCAAUGUUUAGACUUUUAUUUUAAUUCAUUGACAUUUUAGGCCAGAUUGAAGAUUCAUUUUUAAAAAUGUUAAAAUAAUUUUAUUGUUUUAUUUUUUUAG